GGGAUUACCUUUUCAUUAAAAAAAAAUUAUUUAUUUAUUAAUAUAGAUUAUGCCAGAUACCAAACCACCUAUAGUUCGAAAAAGAUCAGAAGUACGUACCGUACCAAAGCCUACUGCAGCCGAGAAUAGAUAUACAGCGAAAACACAAGCUGUUGUUUCUGCUGCUAGAGAUAAAGCAAAUAGCGUGGUUCAUUCUGCCCGAGAAUGGCUCACGCCUUCUUCGGAAUGGACCACUUUUCCUCAUCUAGACUCCCUCUCUACCGUCAUGUUUAGUCCGCUUGCGGCUCAUCCUGUGUAUCGGUCCGAGUCCAUGGUGAAAGCCUUGCAGUUAAUGCAACAGCAACAAACUAGACAAAACACAAACAAUCCUUCAUCCAGUAUGAUUUCCACAUCAAGAACUGAUCUCGUACUACAUGGUAAAAUGUAUGCUUGGCCAUCCAGCACAGUUUUGCUUCAAGCUGAUAUACCCGAACCUUCGUCUGUUUCUUUAUUUCAAGGUUUUGCUUCUGCAUAUCCUUCUCUUGCCAAACCCACAAAGCCUUCUUCUUCCAGAAAACCAAAGCAGAGAAAAAAAAAAUCAAACAAUCCUAACCGAAAAGAUCUACCAAGAUCCCUAACACAAAUCAUAUCCGAAAGAGAGAAAAGAGCAAGAGAUUGCGAUAAAAUUAGUAUGCAAAAGUCUUCUACAGCCAAUGAAAUCGACCAGAUCAAUCUACAAAUAAAUCAGUUAUUAGACAAUCGAAAAGCAUUAGAAGAAAAAUGGGAAAAGUUGGAAUCCAAAGAUAUACAGUUACAAUUAAUAAUCGACGAUCUAAACGAAGCAAUUCUGGAUAUUGAGGAAGGCGAAAGUGUGGAUGGAGGUCAUAGACGAUCAAAGUCAGAUGUGGAUUCAGCAGACGAAGAGGAUUACGAAUCAGGCACCUGUUUUAAAACACUUGAAGGCCAUACUGAUGAUGUGAUUUGUGUUGACUUUAAUCAUCCAAAGGGUAUGAUGGUAUCUUCAUCCAUGGAUGGUACCGUAAGAGCGUGGGAUCUGUACCGUAACAAAUGCUUAGGCACCCUAGAAGGUCAUCAAGGCCUAGUGAGGUGCUUACAAUUAGAUGAAGCACGUCUUCUUACUGGAUCAGAUGAUGGCACCAUCAAACAAUGGGACCUGUCUUUAAUAGAGGCAUCAUCAUCUUCCAUCAGUUCAUUCUCUGUAUUCUCCAGUGCUCCUAGCUCCCCUAGUCUGACCGCUGUUGACAGCGGUUUAAUCAACGAAACAUUCACGUUAGAAGGACAUCAAAGUGAAGUUACUGCAAUUUUUGCUGAUAGAAACUCGGUAGUGUCUGGCUCUGGUGAUAAAACGAUAAAGCAGUGGGAUCUGGAAACCCAAGAAUGCAUUUUAACUUUGGAUGUAUUAUGGGCAAGUGGAAAUAGUAAAAACAUUGUGGACUCAUGGUUAGAUAACGCCUCCUCUGGAUAUGGUUACGCCUCCCAUGAUUUUGUGGGCGCUUUACAGUUUUGGGAUUCUGCUUUAGCAAGUGGUACAUCAGACGGAAAGAUCAGAAUGUGGGACUUGAGAACAGGACAAGCACACCGUACCUUACCUGGUCAUAAUGCUCCCAUCACGUGCUUGCAAUUUGAUGAGGUCCACUUGGUGAGCGGUAGUUUAGAUAAAACAAUUAGGAUCUGGGAUCUUCGUACAGGUUCUGUUUUUGAUACACUCACAUAUACAACACCCGUUUCAAGUUUACAGUUUAAUUCUGGAAAGAUUAUUAGUUCAGGAACAAGCAAUACAAUCGAUAUUUAUAAUCGCACGUCAUUUCAACAUACAUCAUUAUCAGGUCAUAGAAAUCGCGUCAACUCCAUAUGCUUUCACAAUGACGUAUUGGCAAGUGCAGGUAGCGAUAAUGUCAUUAAAAUGUGGUCUAUUUAACAUCAGAAAUAAAACGCAUUUUAACUCACAUUGAAC